AAAAGAAAGCACGCGUAGCAGUUUAUGGAAAGGGAAGGGCAUUUCUAAAACAAUUAAUUAUUGGCAGGAGAUUGGGAGCUGAAGCCUGAAGUUCCGCCUUUCUACAUUUGUUUUUCGGUGCUUCUCUUUUUUCUGUUUUGCUGAAUGUUUUUAAGUACUUUCUUCAAUGACAUACAGAAAUCAUUCCGUCUAUCCUGUUGGCAGGACAAAGUUCAAUAAAAUGGAGCUCAGCUUAACCUUUCCUUUGCUCUUAAAAAAAGAAAAAAGAAAAAAAAAGGAUUUGUGUAAUCUAUGCUCUAAGAUGUAGACCUUUGAUUACUCAUAUGUUUCUCAUUUCUUGAUCGUUUCCAGUUCGACUUGCCUGUUUCUGGGUAGAGAGAUAUGGCGGCAAACAGUAACGGAGCAAUGAGUGGUGCGGUGUCGAGGAACAGCGGGCUGAAGAUACAGACGCAGAAGAAGCAGAAUGGGAUCUGUCAUGACGACAGCGCGCCGCCGGUUAAGGCGCAGACCAUUGACGAGCUCCACUCAUUGCAGAGGAAGAAAUCCGCGCCGACUACUCCCAUUAACGGCGCUCAGGGUUCCUUCACCGCACUCUCCGAAGAGGAACGCCAAAAGCAGCAGCUCCAGUCCAUCAGUGCAUCUUUAGCGUCGCUGACGCGAGAGACGGGGCCGAAGGUGGUGAAGGGAGAUCCGGCGAAUAGGAUCGAGGGCCAAAAGGUUGCGCAUGUGUCUCAUCAUCACGUGGAGGCGCCGACCAUCGGCGUCAGUGACAGUUCUCUGAAGUUCACCCAUGUCCUCUACAACCUUUCUCCGGCGGAGUUGUAUGAGCAGGCUAUUAAGUACGAGAAAGGCUCGUUCAUCACAUCCACUGGUGCUCUGGCCACCCUCUCUGGCGCCAAGACCGGCCGGUCUCCGAGGGAUAAGCGCGUCGUAAAGGAUGAAACCACCGAGAAAGAUCUGUGGUGGGGAAAGGGCUCACCUAACAUUGAAAUGGACGAGCACACUUUCAUGGUGAACAGAGAAAGAGCUGUGGAUUAUUUGAAUUCUCUGGAAAAGGUUUUUGUGAAUGACCAAUUCUUGAACUGGGAUCCACAGAACAAAAUCAAAGUCAGGAUUGUAUCCGCUAGAGCUUACCAUUCCUUGUUCAUGCACAAUAUGUGUAUCCGACCCACUCCUGAAGAGCUGGAGAAUUUUGGUACUCCGGACUUCACUAUAUACAAUGCUGGACAGUUCCCGUGUAAUCGUUACACCCACCACAUGACAUCCUCCACUAGCAUAGAUCUUAAUCUUGCUAGGAGAGAAAUGGUCAUCCUCGGCACCCAGUACGCCGGGGAAAUGAAGAAGGGUCUUUUCAGUGUUAUGCAUUAUCUCAUGCCUAAGCGUCAAAUCCUCUCCUUACAUUCUGGCUGCAAUAUGGGGAAAGAUGGAGAUGUUGCCCUCUUCUUUGGACUGUCAGGUAUAGUAUCAUUGGACAAUGUGACAAUGCGGAGCCAAGAACGAUAUGUGCCCCUCUUACUUAUAUCCUUGAUGCCUGCUAUAAUUUGUUUUGAGAAUGCUAUGUGUCCUUAUUCUUCCGUGUUUGAUUUGUUUAUUCAUGAGUUCAAUAAAUGUGUUUUAGGUACUGGCAAGACUACUCUGUCUACUGAUCACAAUAGGUUUCUCAUUGGGGAUGAUGAACACUGCUGGAGUGACGAUGGUGUGUCAAAUAUUGAAGGCGGUUGCUAUGCCAAGUGCAUUGAUCUCUCAAAAGAAAAGGAGCCUGACAUUUGGAAUGCCAUUAAGUUUGGCACUGUACUGGAAAAUGUGGUGUUUGAUGAGCAUACCCGUGAGGUGGACUAUUCUGAAAAAUCUGUUACAGAGAACACUCGUGCAGCCUACCCCAUUGAAUUCAUCCCUAAUGUGAAGCUACCAUGUGUUGCUCCACAUCCAAAGAAUGUCAUUCUUUUGGCAUGUGACGCAUUUGGUGUCCUUCCACCAGUGAGCAAGUUGAGUUUGGCUCAAACCAUGUACCAUUUUAUCAGUGGCUACACUGCUCUGGUUGCUGGGACAGAGGAUGGAAUUAAGGAGCCACAGGCAACAUUCUCAGCUUGCUUUGGUGCAGCAUUUAUAAUGAUGCACCCCACAAAGUAUGCAGCCAUGCUGGCUGAGAAAAUGCAGAAGCAUGGUGCAACAGGGUGGCUCGUCAACACUGGCUGGUCAGGCGGAAGGUAUGGUUGUGGAAGCCGUAUCAAGCUAGCCUAUACUCGGAAAAUCAUUGAUGCCAUACACUCUGGUAGUCUCUUGAAGGCAAAAUACAAGAAGACUGUGGUGUUUGGCCUUGAGAUCCCCACUGGGAUUGAGGGAGUGCCUUCAGAAAUCCUGGAGCCGCAGAACACUUGGAAAGACAAGAAGGCUUACAAGGAUACCCUACUGAAAUUGGCUGAACUUUUCAAGAACAACUUUGAGACCUUCACAAACUACAAGAUCGGUGAGGACAACAAGCUGACUGAGGAGAUUCUUGCAGCUGGUCCAAACUUCUAAUCUGGGUUGGUGGGAAAGGAUGAGAAGAUAAGAACAAUUUCCUCUAGAUGAUGUGAUAUAUAUGGUUGACUGAAAUAAGAAUUAGUUAUAAUAGAUGAAAUAUGUUGUAAUUUUCUUGGUUAUUUAGCUGUUAAAUAGUUUCUCAUGUGUUGAAGGGAAAAAAAAAUGGGGGGCGGGGGGGACUUUCAUGUGUUCAUCCACGGUCUAAUUUUCAAAUGAAGUGGCUCUUUUUAU